CCCUUCGCUGCCCGGACGGUGAAUCCCGGCUGCGAUUCUGCUCGGUGGCUCGUCAACGCCUCUGCCCGUCCUGCCCCGCGUGUCCCCCCGCCCGCAGCCACCGUCCGGUCCAGGGGAGCUCGGGGGGACACUGAGGAGCUCUCUGGGGCCAGGACAGGUCGCAAGAACUCGGCAGAGUUUGACAGAGAACCCUCCCAUAGCCGGAAGGGCAGGGGCGAAGACAGAGGAGAGGCGAAGAGUAGGCGGGCAGGGCGGCAGGGAAGCAGGCCGGCGGGGCGAGGAACCUACCGCCCCGCUCCUGCCCGCGGGGUCUUACAGCGGCACUCCGGGAUCGAUCCCGACUCCGGUUCCGCGCGGACCCGCCCCAGAAUCCGCCCCCAGAGGCGGGAGCUACCCGGGGCAAUGUGGCAGAUCACUGCCCGCUCCCUGUGCCGGGCCAGCUCCCGUAGCUGGCAGAGGCGACUGCCCUGGCCCGGCCCCGCGCCUGCAGCCCCACGGUGCCGCAGCCCCGCGUGGACCCCCGGGACAGACUCUGCCCAUGGACUCGCCUCCAUGGCCCCCUCCAUCCGCCUCUCGCCCGCCACCCGCAGCCUCUUCGAUGAGCCGCUGGCCAUCGCUGUGCAGGGCCUCGGCCCGCGGCAGCAGGUCACACUGAGGACAUCCUUGCGGGAUGAGAAGGGGGAGCUCUUCCAGGCCAGUGCCCGCUACCAGGCGGGGGACGACGGGGAGCUGGACCUCGCCCGCUGUCCUGCGCUGCCGGGAGGCAGCUUCUCUGGCCUGGAGCCCAUGGGGCUGCUCUGGGCUUUGCAGCCCCAGAGGCCCUUCUGGCGGCUGGUGAAGCGGGACGUUCAGAGCCCCUUCCUCCUGCAGCUGGAGGUGUUUGAGGGCCACGGGAAGCCUCCAGGGCGGCUCCUGGCCCAGGCGCAGCACGAGCGGGCGUUCCUGCGGGACGGGGUGCGGAGAGUCCCGGUGCGAGAGGGGAGGAUCCGGGCGACGCUUUUUCUGCCCCCCGGAAAUGGCCCCUUUCCGGGAAUUAUUGACUUAUAUGGAACUGGAGGAGGACUUCCUGAAUACAGGGCAUGCCUGCUGGCCAACUAUGGCUUUGCUGUGCUGGCUCUGGCUUACUACAGCUAUGAAGAUCUCCCCAAAGAGAUGAAGGAAUUCCACCUGGAAUAUUUUGAAGAAGCUGUAAACUAUAUGUUACAACACACCCAGGCCAAAGCAACAACUAUCAAAGAAGCUCUAGCCAAAUGGGAAGAAAAAAAUGGCCAGAAGGCUUCAGAGGCAAAAGAGGUAAAACUGUACGGUCAGGUUCCUCCUGUAGAGAAGAUGGAUGAAUCUCUCUCCACACUUGUUAACUGCGAGAAACUAUCGCUGUCUACAAACUGCAUUGAAAGAAUCGCCAACUUGAACAACCUAAAAAAUUUGAGGAUUCUGUCUUUGGGGAGAAAUAACAUAAAGAACUUGAAUGGAUUGGAGGCAGUUGCCGAUACUUUAGAGGAGCUGUGGAUCUCAUACAACUUAAUUGAGAAACUGAGGGGUAUCCGUGUAAUGAGGAAGCUGAAGGUUCUUUAUAUGUCAAAUAAUUUGGUGAAAGACUGGGCAGAGUUUGUGAGACUGGCAGAGUUGCCAUUACUAGAGGAUCUGGUGUUUGUAGGCAAUCCACUACAAGAGAAAUAUGCCUCCUCUGAUCAGAAGAACAUUUGGAUUGAAGAAGCAACCAAACGUGUACCAAAGUUGAAAAAGCUGGAUGGUACCCUAGUUGUUAAAGAAGAAGAAGAAGAAGGAGCAGAAGGAGCAGAAGGAGGAGAAGGAGGAGAAGGAGCAAACUGAUGACACUUUCUUGUUGGGUAUUUAAUUAUUUAAGUGACUCCAGAUAGCUUGGCACAUAGAACUUUUAUAUAAAAUAUUUGAAGAAAAUCUUUGGGCCAUUUUUAAAAGACCGGCUUAUCUCCACAGUCUCUCAUCCAAAGAGUUAGUUACCAAAAAUUGGUCACACUGAUUGUGUCAAGCUUAUGACACUUUCUGUAGAGACUAGUGGAGCUGAGUUUAUCUGCUCUUUGGCUAGCAAGAGAUCUCUACCUAAACUAACAUAUAGCUAUUUUUAAUUCCUGAUUAGUGAUGCUUGUUCACUCUUGGGUUUUAAGAGAACCAUUUUAGCUUGUUAGGUGCAGCUGGCCAACAUUUAAUUGGAAACACUGAGGCCAAAAGAACAGUGUUGUGGUUUAGAGAACCUUACAAGCUUUGUUCUGUUUAAUUUUGUCGUGGGACUCCCUCAAUAUUUUUAAUAUGCAAGUUUGCCUUUUUAUUCCCUGAACUGUUAUGCCAAACAGGCCCAGUAGUUGUGGAUACACGCACAAAAAAGGUAGUGGUCUGAUGAUCAUUUGUUCCUGGCCUUAAGUUUUGAAAUGGGCUUCUGACAUUGGAACUCAACUGCAUUGCUUAGGAGGCCGUGUAUAACUUAUAUAUAUUUAUUUAUUAAGAGGCAAUGGGAAUUCUUUGCAUGGUUUCAGUGAGGCUAAAAUAUCUGCUAGCUUUUUUUUUCAUCUCUAACUAAAAAAUUACUUUGGAUUGGAAUAUGUGGCCUAUUAGCCUGCAGCUGGUUCCUGGGUUUGGAUUGGGUCACUGGUGGACAUAAUCCUUCUCAGCUCUGGAAUCUUCCUAUAACUAAGUAGGCUGAUACUAAUAGAGAAACAAACAGUGAACAGAAGACCUGGGCUUGAGGACAGAAAAGUUUGGCUUUGGGGAUACUCAUUUUUUAUGAAAGUACAGGUGUAAGAAAAAGCACAGGUGUAAGCAGUGAGAAAAAGUGUACGUAGUCAGUGGGGAAGGUGAGAUGAGAUGGAAAGUGGACAUUGGGGAAAAAAGUAUUGAAGAUGUACUAAAUAUGCUAUAUUGCAGGGUAACUAGUUCUUAUAUGACUAUUUCUAGUGAAAAGUAUUAAACAAUGGUGAAGACAGGCCCAAUUGCACUGUGGGAUGCCAGUAGUGCGGUUUAAAUUCUUCUCUUGGAAGAACAGAUUGAGUCACCUGAGUAGAUUUUUCUGCAGCUCCUUUUUGGUUUUUGACCAAGCUUUUCUUCUAAUUUGUGGUACCAUCUUUGUUUAAACUCAAGUGAUGACAAGUGUACCUGCUGGUUCCAGCCCAGACAUAGAAGGGGUGGAGGCAGAACACCACUCUUAAUUAUUUUGUUUGUGAAGGUGUGGCAGGAGUAGAAAUCUUGGAAGUCAUGGUCAGGAAAAAAAAAGGUAGAAUUGCCCCAAGCAACAGUGGUACUGAUCUCAAGCUCCAGGUAUAAUUGUAGUAGAAGAUAUUAUCUCUCUAAUCAAUUUCUAAGUGCACUGGGAAGUAGAUGAUUACAAGACAAUCACAGUUUGUUUUCAAUAUAUUGCUACUUAAUCUGUGAUUGUUAGAGGAAUUCUAAAGCAUUCCAGUUUAAAUUGGCAAUUGCUGAUGAGGUUCAAGUUUGAUUUAGAUCUGUUACUAAAAAGAAGGUCAAGAGCACAGUAGCAAAAACUGUGGACAUUCUUCACUCAGCACAAACUAUUUCCAGGUAGCUGUUCUCUUGACCAGAAACUAGUUUUGUAGUUAACUAGUUCACUGGAUUUAGCUUACAGACAACUUCAUAUUGGUAUGUUAUUUCUUUUAGAAGUAUUCUCCUCGCUUUAUCAUUAGUAAAGGCACCACUGACCAAGAAGCACCAUGGGAGAGAGUGCCUAUAGCCAACAGCCAUUUCAUACGGGUGUCUUCUGAAGCUAAGCCUUUCAGUUCACUUGGAGCCAACCACUCUUGGCAAAGUGGAUGUGCUUUGGCAGUACAGAGCCUAUGGCACAUGUGAGCCCUACUGACCCCGUUUGCUGGGGGGGGGGGGCUGUGCCCUUGACAACUGCAAUUGAAGUGAGGGAAAGUGUGGGUACCAUGAGCCAGAGCUUGAGUGACACAAAACUUGCCUUCUGAAUGCUUCCAACAAACAGAAAUGUCAAAUUCAUCUCUGUGUUUGGAGAUAUUUUCAGAAUAGACCGUGUGGUGCUCUUGUCCUAGCGCUUGGCCACAAAGAAAAGUGGUUGAACCUCUGUACCUGGAGCCUCCUAGAACAACAUCUGCAAGUGUGGUGUGUAUGGCUGGGUUAGCUCCUCAUGAGAUGUGACACGAGAGAAAGGGAGUGACAAACACAGGCCAAUGACAAGAAAUCCUGCUGAUUAUUCUUUUAAUAUCUAAAUAUGGUCUAAGUCUGUACAUUUCUGAAGGUCAUGUUAGAUAGAGCAAAUACUCUACACUUUGGCUGGUUUUGGACAUUCUGAGAGCAAAAUAGAAACUUAAGUGUUCUGACUACAUGGUGACAAUUGAAAUGAAAUACAGCUCCAUUGACAAGCCUUGAGGGAUAAGAGCAGUUCCUGGCUCUUUUAAGUGACCCCUAGAGGCUACACCUAUGGGAAUCAGUUCAAGAACUGUUGUAGAUGGUGGUGGAGCUGGAUAUACUGUGUGGCCCACUGUCACUGGCUCCUUCCACACAUUUAACAGCACAAAUUCUAAAGCUCUUUUUUGGGGGGCUGCACUGUAAGCAUCACCAAAAAAGAAAAAAAAUUAUUGAAGGAAUGGAGCAUCCAGUCUCAACACAAUUAUAACAGCAGCAUGAGAUACAAGAUUUCCCUCACCUUUCAUCCUUCAUAUAUUAGCAUAUAAUUUAAAACCUUUCUCAUAAAAACUAUGUAUCAGUCUCAAGGAGACAACACAGUAAGAAAAGAAUAAACUGUGGCUCGUGUUUGUCUGGAGAUGCUUCAUCUUGAAGCUGGGUGAGAGCUUUAGCUUAACCUUGCUUUUCCUAGUGAGUCAUGAUUAUUUUCAAGACCAACCCCCCCCAACUUUUUCUCCUCCAAAAUGAGUUUUCCUCAGUUUUUUAAAUUUGCACUUUAAAAUUAUGCACUGGAUGUGGUGGAAGACAUACAGAGGUGGUAGAAUUAGAAUAGAUGGUUUGCAUAUUGCUGGUGCUACACAAUGUCACGUAUAAGCUGGCAGCGACACUCGGCCUGUGCGCCUGGAGGGCCGGCCGAGGGAGAUGCGGGAAGGCCUGGCUUUCACUGGUACACUUUGCUCUUCCCUAGCACACCACAUCCAAGGAAGUAGUAAGCACAUUAUUAUUCAUGGAUGAAAAGAGUACCCAUGUAAAACAUGCAAGCCAUGUGGAAUUCUGCUUUUCCCUGUGAAUUUACGGAGGAGUAGCAUCCACUUUAUUCCUUAGAGAAAUAUCCUAAAAUUAAAUUAGUAGUAGGAAACAGCUAAGUUUUUUGCUUGCUUGUUGGCACGGUGCCCUGUCUUCAAAAGAGCUGAUAUAUGCAGUGAUUUUUGAGAACUGCUGGAAAAAUAAGAGAAGAGACCUGAGAACCAGCAGAUGACUCAGGUUACAUUAGAAGUAGGCUCAUCUAGAAAAAUCUUCAAGCAAGAGAGCACUUUUAACAUCCCCUUUGGCUAUCUUUUGUAUACAUAAUUUUGUAGCAUGAAAAGCUGUUAAAUUUGCUGUGUUUAAAUUAUUUAGGCCUAUGUUUAUAAAUGUUAUUCUGUGAAACUCGGUUUAAAAAUAAUAUAACCUUAUUUUAUACAAACGUCUUUGGUUGUUGUGUAAUGAAAUAAUUCAGCUUGUGAAGACUGUUCAGAAAUUCGAUUUUGUUCUCAUUAAACUUUCCUAGCUGCUCAGGGAGCAAUGUAUUAAUAGUAUGAUAGCAUGUAAAUGCUGUUCCUUAUUGCCUCUCUAUUUUAGAACAGAAAAUAACUUAAGACUUUAAAAAUGCUGAUAUAUUGUGAUCGUUGUCAUCUGAUACAUAAAUAUUUUUCAAUCUUUUAA